AUGGCACCGAGAGUAAAACCGUGCCCGGCGUGCAAGUGUCUGAGGCAAAAGUGCACGAACGACUGCAUGUUUGCGCCGUAUUUCGCACCAGACCAGCCGGAGAAGUUCGCGAACGUGCACAAAGUCUUCGGCUCCAGCACCGUGGCCCAGCAGCUCAAAGAUCUCCCCCCGUCGCAGUGCGAGAACACCGUGAACUCGCUAGCCGACGAGGCGGAGUCGUGCCUGGGGGACCGGUCCCCCAGGCGCGACUCCGUCCGCGGCUGCGUAGACCUCGCCGCAAUUCUCCAUCAGAGCCUACAGCAGGUUCAGACCAAUAUCAUCACUAUCAGAAAGGAUCUCGCCACCUACGAGCCACAGAUCCAGUCUCAGCCCCAGCAACAGAUAUUUGAGGCUGCUGUGCAACAGCAAAUUUUGCGGGCAUAUGAGCUGGCCGAAAUAGAGCAACGUGAGCUUUUGCGGCUACAUGAACUACUAAUGGAGCCGAAGCCUAUGAGUUUCAAUGAUGGGUUCGACCCAGCUGCGGCGGAUGGUUCAAGCCAGCACCACGAGCACCAGUCAAUUGACGCUCAGCAAUUGCUUGCGGCUGUGGCUGCGAGAGAACAGCAGCAGCAACAGAAGCUUGUGGGCUUCAAUAGUGGGUUCGACCCCGCUGCGGCGGGUAAUUCAGUUACUGCGCAGACGAAUAUUGCUGGUGAUGGUGGUGUUAUGUCGCCUUCGCUGGCACCGGGCACGUUUGAAAACCCUUACCAGAUUCAAUCACCACAACAAGUAGUGGAACACCACGGCCAUCCACUUCAGACGCAGCUCCAGCAGUUACACCAACAGAAUCAACAAACUCAGCAAGCCCAGUCAGAAAGUGAUGAGAAGCGUAAGGGUAAGGGUGUUGGUCAUUAA